AAAAUCCACACAGACCCAUGUACUGCCCAAACUGUAUAAGGGGUUUAUCUGAAUCUGCAAAGCCACGACGGAGAUAUAAAGAGAGAGAGACUAUACCCGCAUGUUGAACAUUUUAAAUCUCAAAUAAACGUCUUUACCUGCGGCAUCUGCCGGUGCGCACAGCGUGAGUAUGUGUGUUGUUUUAACCGUCCAAUUUGGAAUAUGUGUUUCAAGAGGCCACAUCACCUGCUCAACUAGGCUAUCAGGUCCUGUCACUGUCUCUACCAACACGGCAGCCCAGAAAGGUCCAGAGAGCCACAAGCCUAUGAAGACUCGCAGUGAAUCAAAGUGCUGCAAUGAAUUAGGAGAGAGGGCCUGGAUGAGAGCGGAUGCAGGGGUUUCUCAUGGCCUCACAUAGAAUGGUCUCACUUACUUAGAAUGAAUUGUCAAAGCUUCUUUCGGAAGUGUUAAUCCUAAUUUAACUGUCUGCAAACAAGCAAACAGAUAAAGAAUCAGAUUAAGUUAAUAAUACCAUUUGGUUUUAUCAACAUAAUGCUGAAACCCAGCCAUGCUCAGGUUAUGCUUCAUAUACUAUACUGAACAAAAAUAUAAGCGCAACAUGCAAGAAUUUCAAAGAUCUUACUGAGCUACAUUUCCAUUUGACCUCAUUUCUGCCAGCAUGUUAAAUGUGCAACCAAAGGGAAAAAAACUCUAGAUCACCUUUACUCCACACACAGAGAUGCAUACAAAGCUCUCCCCCGCCCUCCAUUUGGCAAAUCUGACCAUAAUUCUAUCCCCCUGAUUCCUGCUUACAAACAAAAACUAAAGCAGGAAGCACCAGUGACUCGGUCAAUAAAGAAGUGGUCAGAUGACGCAGAUGCUAAGCUACAGGGCUGUUUUUCUAGCACAGACUGGAAUAUGUUCUGGGAUUCUAUCGAUGGCAUUGAGGACUACACCACAUCAGUCACUGACUUCAUUGAUAAGUGCGUCGAUGACGUCGUUCCCACAGUGACCACACGUACAUACCCCAACCAGAAGCCAUGGAUUACAGGCAACAUGCACACUGAGCUAAAGGGUAGAGCUGCCGCUUACAAGGAGCGGGACUCUAACCCUGAAUCUUAUAAGAAAUCCUGCUAUGCCCUCUGACAAACCAUCAAACAGGCAAAGUGUCAAUACAGGGCUAAGAUUAAAUCGUACUACACCGGCUCCGACGCUCAUCGGAUGUGGCAGGGCUUGCAAACUAUUACAGACCACAAAGGGAAGUACAGGCGCGAGCUGCCCAGUGACAAAAGCCUACCAGAUGAGCUAAAUUAUGUCUAUGCUCGCUUCGAGGCAAGUAACACUGAAGCAUGCAUGAGAGUAUCAGCUGUUCCGAGCUACUGUUUGAGAACUCUCUCCGUAGACGAUGUGAGUAAGACCAUUAAACAGGUCAACAUUCACAAGGCCGCAGGGCCAGAUGGAUUACCAGGACGUGUACUCCAAGCAUGUGCUGACCAACUGGCAAGUGUCUUCACUGACAUUUUCAACCUCUCCCUGUCUGUAAUACCAACAUGUUUCAAGCAAACCAGCAUACUUCCUGUGCACAAGAACACUAAGGUAACCUGCCUAAAUUACUACUGACCCGUAGCACUCAUAUCUGUAGCCAUGAAGUGCUUUGAAAGGCUGGUCAUGGCUCACAUCAACACCAUCAAACCCUAGACCCACUCCAAUUUGCAUACCGCCCCAACAGAUCUACAGAUGAUGCCAUCUCUAUUGCACUCUACACUGCCCUUUCACACCUGGACAAAAGGAACACCUAUGUGAGAAUGCUAUUCAUUGACUAAAAUUCAGCGUUCAACACCAAAGUGCCCUCAAAACCCAUCACUAAGCUAAGGACCCUGGGACUAAACACCUCCCUCUGCAACUGGAUCCUGGACUUUAUGACGGGCCGCACCCAGGUGGUAAGGGUAGGCAACAACAUCUGCCACGCUGAUCCUCAACACGGGGGCCCCUCAGGGGUGCGUGCUCAGUCCCCUCCUGUACUCCCUGUUCACUCAUGACUGCAUGGCCAGGCACGACUCCAACACCAUCAUUAAAGUUGCCGAUGACACAACAGUGGUAGGCCUGAUCACCGACAACGACGAGACAGCCUAUAGGGAGGAGGUCAGAGACCUGGCCGUGUGGUGCCAGGACAACAGCCUCUUCCUCAACGUGAUCAAGACAAUUGUGGACUACAGGAAAAGGAGGACUGAGCACGCCCCCAUUCUCAUCGAAGGGGCUGUAGUGGAGCAGGUUGAGAGCUUCAAGUUGCUUGGUGUCCACAUCACCAACAAACUAACAGAGUCCAAGCACACCAAGACAGUCAUGAAGAUGGCACGACAAAACCUAUUCCCCCUCAGGAGACUGAAAAGAUUUGGCAUGGGUCCUCAGAUCCUCAGUAGAUUCUACAGCUGCACCAUCGAGAGCAUCCUGACUGGUUACAUCACUGCCUGGUAUGGCAGCUGCUCGGCCUCCGACCGCAAGGCACUACUGAGGGUAGUGUGUACAGCCCAGUGCAUCACUGGGGCCAAGCGUCCUCCCAUCCAGGAACUCUAUACCAGGAAGUGUCAGCGGAAGGCCAGCCACUCCAGCCACCCUGGUCAUAGACUGUUCUCUCUGCUACCGCAUGGCAAGCGGUACCGGAGCGGACUCCUGAACAUCUAAUCAAAUGGCUACCCAGACUAUUUGCAUUGCUCCCCCCUUUUACGCUGCUGCUACUCUCUGUUUAUUAUCUAUGCAUAGACACCUUAAUAACUCUACCUAUAUGUACAUAUUACCUCAAUUACCUCAACUAACCGGUGCCCCUGCACAUUGACUCUGUACUGGUGCUCCCUGUAUAUAGCCUCGCUAUUGCUAUUUUACUGCUGCUCUUUAAUUAUUUGUUACUUUUUAUUUCUUAUUCUUUUUGGGGGGAAUUUUUUCUUAAAACUGCAUUUUUGGUUAAGGGCUUGUAAGUAAGCAUUUCACUGUAAGGUGAAAUUGUAUUGCAUGUGACAAACAUAUGUUGUAUUCGGUACAUGUGACAAAUAAAAUUUGAUUUGAUUUGAAUGAAAUCAGUGAAUUGAAAUAUAUUCAUUAGGCCCUAAUCUAUGGAUUUCACAUGACUGGGAAUACAAAUAUGUAUGUUGGUCAAAGAUACCUUAUAAAAAAGAUAGGGGCGUGGAUCAGAAAAGCCGUCGGUAUCUGGUGUGACCAUCAUUUUACUCACGCAGCACGACACAUCUCCUUCGCAUAGAGUUGAUCAGGCUGUUGAUUUGUGGCUUGCGGAAUGUUGGCCCACUCAUUUUCAUUGGGUGUGUGAAUUUGCUGGAUAUUGGCGGGCACUGGAACUCGCUGUCAUACACGUCAAUCAAGAGCAUCCCAAAAAAUGCUCAAUGGGGGACAUGUCUGGUGAGUAUGCAGGCCAUGGAAGAACUGGGACAUUAUCAGCUUCCAGGAAUUGUCUACAGAUGGGGCAGUGCAUCAUCAUGAUGAAACAUGAGGUGAUGGCGACGGAUGACUGGCACGACAAUGGGCCUCAGGAUCUCGUCACGGUAUCUCUUUGCGUUCAAGUUGCCAUCAAUAAAAUGCAAUUGUGUUUGUUGUUCCUCUGUUCACAACCUUGACAUCAGCAAACCGUUCGCCCCCACAUAACACAAUACAUGCUGUCUGUCAUCUGCCCGGUACAAUUGAACCCGGAAUUAAUUAGUAAAGAGCACACUUCUCCAGUGUUCCAGCUGCCAUUGAAAUUGAGCAUUUGCCCACUGAAGUCGGUUACGACACCGAACUGCAGUCAGGUCAAGACCCUGGUGAGGACAAUAAGCAUGCAGGUGAGCUUCCCUGAGACUGUUUCUGACAGUUUGUGCAGAAAUUCUUCGGCUGUGCAAGCCCACAGUUUCAUCAGCUGUUCGGGUGGCUGGUCUCAGACUAUCCCGCAGGUCAAGAAGCCAGAUGUGGAGGUCCUGGUCUGGCGUGGUUGCAGUUGUGAGGCCGGUUGGACGUACUGCCAAAUUCUCUAAAACGACGUUGGAGGCGGCUUAUGGCAAAUAAAUUAACAUUCAACUAUCUGGCAACAGCUCUGGUGGACAUUCCUGCAGUCAGCAUGCCAAUUGCACGCGCCAUUAAAACUUGAGACAUCCGUGGCAUUGUGUUGUGUGAACAUUAAAUACUAAAUGUUCCUCAUCAAUCUAUACACAAUACCCUAUAAUGAGAAAGCAAAAACAGGUUUUUAGAAAUGUUUUCAAAUGUAUUAAAAAAAAUAAAAAAAACAGAAAUACCUUAUUUACAUAAGUAUUCAGACCCUUUGCUAUGAGACUCGAAAUUGAGCUCAGGUGCAUCCUGUUUCCAUUGAUCAUCCUUGAGAUGUUUCUACAACUUGAUUGGAGUCCACCUGUGGUAAAUGUAAUUGAUUGGACAUGUUUUGGAAAGGCACACACCUGUCUAUAUAAGGUCCCACAUUUGACAGUGCAUGUCAGAACAAAAACCAAGCCAUGAGGUUGAAGGAAUUGGCUGUGCAGCGAUGCUCCCCAUCCAACCUGACAGAGCUUGAGAGGAUCUUCAGAGAAGAAUGGGAGAAACUCCCCAAAUACAGGUGUACCAAGCUUGUAGCAUCACACCCAAGAACACCUGAGGCUGUAAUCGCUGCCAAAGGUGCUUCAACAAAGUACUGAGUAAAACUUUUUUUUAAACAUAUUUUGCAUUCUUAUUAUGGGGUUUUCAGUGUAGAUUGAUGAGGAAACAUAACAAUCUAAUACAUUUUAGAAUAAGGCUGUAACCUAACAAAAUGUGGAAAAAGUUAAAGGGGUCUGAAUAUUUCCAAAGGUAUUUAUUUAAUAAACGUAUCUGCCUGCUUUUAUAUUGUUCUCUCCUGUCUGUAGAAUGCCUACUGUUGUGUGUUUAUGCUGGUGUUAAUCUGUAUGGAAGCUAUACGUACUGUAUAUAUUGUAGUGUGCGUCUGUGUGUACAGAUUAAAAGGUGUGGUACAGUAAUUGACAAGGACACUGAUCCGGUGGCUAGAUUAGGUCAGUGUGGGUGGAAACUAGGAAUGAGGGACAGCUAUUCCUGAACUGGAGAAUAUACUCUGUAUAUAUAUAUAUAUAUAUAUAUAUAUAUAUAUACCAAUAUUUUUCUGUCCUGCAACCCGGUUAAGCAUUUCUAAUCAGGUGCUACUUUUUUAUAUUAUUAGCAGAUUUGUUUGCAGACUUGCUAAAAUGAACAAGUCUGCAAACUACACCUACGAUAUAACAUAGGUAUGUGCAUAGGAAUUAUGUGGACAACGCCUGAAUUACCAUAAUGAACAGGUUUCUACUAGUUUCCUGAACAAGCUAAGCAACUUGGUGGAAAACAGACAUACUUGUUCAGGGGGGAUUUCUAAAAGUCAAGAAGGCCGAUUCGAUCUUUAUGUUGAUUUUUCCUGUCCGGUGUCCACCCUUGUGAGAGAUGUGCUAUUCUGAGGCCCUUGCAUGCUUGCUGUCUCAAUCAUAUAUUUGCACUUUAACUGUUCACUUCUAGCAGUUCAUUAGGACAGACUUUCACAACUUCUACAAUAAAACAGAAUCUAAAUUGGUGUGAAUGUUGAAGAGAAUGCAUGGGUCUCUGAGGCUGAGCCCAGUUGUUCUGCUAGUGUUAAUGUAGUUAUCAAUGUGAUGACUGAUCAAAUAAAGAAACAAAGCCCUUUUUGAACAUUCUCUAUGGGGAUGUUCUCUCUCUGAUCUGAAGACGUCACAUAAAAACAGGGACACAUAGAAUGACACUGUACUCUAGGCCUAACUUACCACAACGGGGAACAAAUAUCUGAUACACUGCUGUUUCUGUAAGGUUUCAGUUUUAUCUCAGAUAGAGCAGCACAGCUCCAAUGGUCUGAACACUGUUGAAGGGAUACCUAAAAUAAUGUUUAGUAUAGGGCUCUAAGGAUACUCCUCCAUCCAUAGUCUUUACUUCAUUCAGAGUAUGGCUUGUCUAUAUGGCUCAUUGUUGAAAUGUGGUACUUUACUGCCCUCUAUUGGUCGUUUUUUAGCUCUAAAUUAUUACGAGAGCAAACCAUGUUUUAAUUUGUAUUAUGUUUUUCCAUUGCCUCAACUCAGUACUGGACACUUCUGUGUAACUCCUUUACGCAAGGAUUUAGCGCAUUCAGAAAAACACCAGAUUGUGAUGGUAAUAGCAAACAAACCUAACUCAGGAUUGUUCACAAGAAUUUCGCUAUACCCGCAAUAACAUCUACUAAACGUGUAUAUGACAAAUAAUAUUUCAUCAAAUGUGUGCUUUUUACGGCUCUGGCCAUAAUAUUAAAUAUCUGUUAGUAGUAACUGAUUCAAUCAAUGAACUAAACAAAACUGAGACGUGUGUAACAUCCAUUUAUUACCACAUAUGAGAUAUCUGGAAAUUACAAACAUUAUUUUAUUUAAACCAUCUUAACAUUUCAAAUUCCAAUUAAGAAACAUAAAUGAUUUGAAGUUAAAAGGGUGACACAACCUGAGAAGCAAAGGGGGAGGUCUAAAUAUCCGUGACCAUUCCAAUUACAGCUCAACAUUAACAUUCAUGAUCACUUUACCAAUUAGACUGUUUUUGGUUUGCAAGAGAGCAUCGACCACCAGCUCCAUAAACCUCACAACAAGGCCCCUCAGGAGUGAUCACAAAGAACACUGGAUUCACUAUUUGUUUGCAAAAGCCUUAAAAUGCUGUCUCCAAUUAUUUAUCGCAGAAGCCAAAUUUGAGAAUUCAAAGACAAAGGGAAAAUAGAGCCAAUAUAAGAGGCAAUGAAAUGAGAAUGAACUAUCUAGAAUCCCCUUCGACAGCUAAAACAAAUCACAAGCUUCAACACCUGUAGAAACGAUAGCUUACGUCAAUUUUGUUUUCUGUACAAAACUUUAUUUGAAUCCACCUCCAUUUCAUUCACAAAUCUUUUAUCCACUAUGAAAAAUG